AUGGCCCCCCCGACAGGUAAUGUCGUGGACAGCCAGGCCCCCAGACUGGUGGCAAAUCAGCUGAGAUGGGACCUGACUGCAGAGCAGAUUGAAAGCAUGGCUGCAGAGCUGACAGAGAGGACCAAGCUGGUGUAUGACCGGGUGGGCUCCCAGGAGCAGGGUGAGGUGUCCUAUGAAAACACCCUGAAGGCUCUGGCUGAUGUGGAGGUGGAGUAUACAGUCCGCCGGAACAUGCUGGACUUCCCCCAGCACGUCUCACCCUGCAAGGACAUCAGGGCAGCCAGCACUGAGGCUGACAAGAAGCUCUCCGAGUUUGAUGUGGAGAUGAGCAUGAGGCAGGAUGUGUACCAGAGGAUUGUCUGGCUCCAGGAGAAAGCAGAGAGUGCUUCCCUGAAGCCUGAAGCAAAGAGGUACCUGGAGAGGUUGAUCAAACUGGGUAAAAGAAACGGACUCCACCUGCCUGAGGAGACACAGGAGAAAAUCAAAGCUAUUAAGAAAAAGCUGAGUGUGCUUUGCAUAGACUUCAACAAGAACCUCAAUGAAGACACCACCUUCUUGCCCUUCUCCAGGGAGGAAUUAGGAGGGCUCCCUGAGGACUUCCUCAACUCCCUGGAGAAGACAGAGGAUGGCAAGCUGAAAGUCACCUUGAAAUACCCUCACUAUUUCCCUCUGCUGAAGAAGUGCUACGUGCCUGAGACAAGGAGGAAGGUGGAGGAGAUGUUCAACUCCAGGUGCAAAGAGGAGAAUUGCUUGAUCCUGAAGGAGCUGGUGGACUUGAGGGCUCAGAAAGCCAACCUGCUGGGCUUCAGCACCCAUGCAGACUUCGUGCUGGAGAUGAACAUGGCCAAGACCAGCCAGACGGUGGCCACCUUCCUGGAUGAGCUGGCCCAGAAGCUGAAACCCCUUGGGGAGAAGGAGAGGGCUGUGAUCUUGGAGCUGAAGAAGAAGGAGUGUGAGAAGCGUGGGCUGGACUUCGACGACCGCAUCAACGCCUGGGACAUGCGCUACUACAUGAACCAGGUGGAGGAGACCAAGUACAGCGUGGACCAGAACCUGCUGAAGGAGUAUUUCCCCAUGCAGGUGGUCACCACGGGCCUGCUGGCCAUUUACCAGGAGCUGCUGGGCCUCACCUUCCACCUGGAGGAGAAGGCUCAGGUCUGGCACGAGGACGUUCAGCUCUACACGGUGAAGGACGCCUCCUCCGGGGAGGUGAUUGGGAAGUUCUACCUGGACCUCUACCCACGGGAAGGGAAGUAUGGACAUGCUGCCUGCUUCGGCCUGCAGCCAGGCUGCCUCCUGCCAGACUCCAGCAGGCAGAUCUCCGUGGCUGCCAUGGUGGCCAAUUUCACCAAGCCCACCCCAGAUGCUCCUUCCCUGCUGCAGCAUGAUGAAGUGGAGACCUACUUCCAUGAGUUUGGGCAUGUCAUGCACCAGCUCUGCUCUCAGGCUGAGUUUGCCAUGUUCAGUGGGACACACGUGGAGAGGGACUUUGUGGAGGCUCCCUCCCAGAUGCUGGAGAACUGGGUGUGGGAGAAGGAGCCUCUGCUGCGCAUGUCCAGGCACUACAAGACUGGAAGCCCCAUCCCUGAUGAGCUGCUGGAGAAGCUGAUCAAAUCCAGGCAGGCAAACACAGGGCUCUUCAACCUGCGCCAGAUCGUCCUGGCCAAGGUGGAUCAGGCUCUGCACACCCAGACCAAGGCUGACCCCGUGGAGGUGUUUGCCCAGCUGUGUCAGGAGGUGCUGGGGGUCCCUGCCACCCCAGGGACCAACAUGCCAGCCACCUUUGGCCACCUGGCAGGUGGCUAUGAUGCACAGUACUAUGGCUACCUCUGGAGUGAAGUCUACUCCAUGGACAUGUUCCACACCCGCUUCAAGCAGGAGGGGAUCAUGAACUGUAAGGUGGGCAUGGAUUACAGGAAUUGCAUCCUGCAUCCUGGUGGUUCCCUGGAUGCUUCUGACAUGUUGAGGAAGUUCCUGGGCCGGGAUCCCAAGCAGGAUGCCUUCCUGGCCAGCAAAGGACUGGAGGUGGAGAGCAACUCACUGCCUUCAGCCUGCUGA